GUCACACCGGUUGGUUAUUUUACAAAUACAUUUUUGUCGUUAUUUAGAUUAUAUGUUGUUUUUACACAGUUUCGAAACUGAAGUUAGAUUGAAUCAAACUCUACUUAUGUAUUACGACAUUUAUUGAAGGGUAUCGCAGAAAGUGGAGAUCCAGGGUAUAUGUUUUUGUUUGGAAUUACCAAAAUGAUGGAAAGAGAUCCAACCAAAAGAAAAGUUAAACCAGCUCAAGCUCUUUUUGAUUUUGAAGAUUUGGGUGAAAGUUCUGAUGAUAGUGAUUUCCGUAUAGAAGAUCAUUGUGAAGAAUCUGAUGAUGAUUCUAUCGAUUCAAAUGGCAAUGGAAAAAGUUCUGAUGAUGAAGGUAGUGAUUCAGGUGCUACUACUGACGUUAGCGAUUUGGGAGAAACACUUGGUGAUCAAAAAGCUGACGAUUAUUUAGCUAUUCUUUCUGAUCAGAAAGAAAACAAAAAACAGUUCAAUCCAAAGGAUUCCUUGAAUAUUUUGAUAUGUAGUGUCUGUCUGGGUGAUAGAAGCGAUGCUGCAAAUGAAAUCAUUGAAUGUGAUAACUGUGGGGUUACCGUCCAUGAAGGAUGUUAUGGUGUUCAAGAUUCAGAUAGCGUUUGCAGUACUGAUUCUCCAUGCCCGACGACACCUUGGUUUUGCGACUCUUGCAAGGCUGGGCUUGACAAUCCCGAUUGUGAACUUUGUCCAAAUCCAGGGGGAAUAUUCAAGGAAACCGAUGUUGGUAAAUGGGUACAUCUAGUUUGUGCUCUUUACAUGCCUGGUGUGGCUUUCGCUGAAGUGGAUAAGCUUCAGUCGGUGACCCUGUUUGAGAUGGCCUAUUCAAAAUGGGGAGCCAAGGCAUGUUCUCUCUGCUCUGAUCAGAGAUUUUCUCGAACUGGAGUUGCUGUCGGUUGCGAUGCCGGCAUGUGCAAAACAUAUUUUCAUGUUACUUGUGGGCAGAGGGAAGGACUUCUUGCAGAAGCUCAUUCGGAAGAGGUUGACCAAGCUGAUCCUUUUUAUGCUCAUUGUAAGCUUCAUACUGAUAAGAAUUUAAUGAGAAAGAGGCGUAGAAACUGGUUGGCUGUCCAAAUGAGAAUGGAAGAGACAAAAAAGAAUCGUAAAGAAACUGAAGACUCGCUAAGAAUCCAAAGACGUCUUGGAAAGUACCGGACGAAAUACAGUAAUUUAAGACUGUCCAGGAUACAGCCGUGGGUUCCUACUCAGAAAAUGGCACGCCUUCUUACGACUAGUGCUUCAGCUUGCCGAGCCCUGUGGAGGAAGGCAGAGAUGAGUGGAGUGGAUACUGAAGGUUGGGCGUUGAGGCAGGCUCAAGUUGAAGCUCUGUCGGAUGUUCACCGUCGUUGGCAUAUUCAGCCAGCUUUUAGUGUUGAAUUUAUUGGUUACUAUUUGGAUCGUAAUAUCCGAGUGACAAGUAUGAAAAAGCAAUUGGCAGAAUUAUUGGAAGAAAAUUCAAAACUCUUGGAAGAACAAACUGUUAUAGAAACGAAACGUGAUAAGGUUGUUAAAGAAAAUACUGAAGAAUGUGAUAGGAAUAAAGAAUUGAAAACGAUACUGAAUAAAUUCUAUGAGCUGAUGACGUUACUGUGCCCUGGAAAAAAAUUACCGGACCUGGACACAAUGGGAAGAACGCCCUUACCUAUACCUUAUCCAGUUUCCGGAGCAGUACCCACAGCUGCGGCGAGAAAAAGUAUUUUUGGUGGACCAGUUUCAUCAGAUGCCGAUCUUUCUGAUAAUUCAACUGGUGCAGAACGAGUUAGUUUAAAUAAUGUCUGUGGUUUAUGUAGAGGUCGCCAUGACCAACAUCUACUCGCUAAAUGCGACACAUGUCAUAAGCACUACCACUUGGCCUGCCUCAAUCCUCCUCUGACUAGGAUGCCCAAGAAGACAAAACUUAUGGGAUGGCAAUGUUCUGAAUGUGACAAGGAUUCUUCUAGUUCCGAAGUAGAUAUGGUCGAUCCCGAAGCUCCACGAAAGUUGAGGCAUAAGGAUAAUGGAGAUAGUAGUUUAGGAGAUUUCAAGUAUGAUUCCAAGGAUACAUCAGUAGCUGAAGAUAUCACAGCCCCUGCGGAAGCUGAUGUAUCAACAGCCAGUAAAAGUGAUGCUGAUAUCAGCGGUCGGCCGAAGAAACGUCGUAGGGAAAAACAUCAUAGAUAUUCCCCUGAUCCUGGUAACAUGAGGCCGCACAAACACAAGCAUAAAAGGAGCAAGCAGCAAGAAGAACAAAGGCAAAGCCUUAAAAUAUGUUUCAAGUCGAUUCCUCAUCCUACCGGCGGUGGUAGCUCAUACGUGGCUACUCCAAGCUUGGGCCUAGCUCCAAAGCUUCCUCUUUCUCCUUCACAACCACAGCCUCCAUUGCAGCAGCCUCCUCUCAGGUUAUCAACGGGCAGUAAGAAGAAGGAGGAACCUAAGCAAUUGAUGUGUGUUACCUGUAAUUCUCCUGGAGAACCUAAUAACACCGUUGUGUGUGAUGAAUGUCUUCUGGGUUUCCACUUCCACUGCCUUGACCCACCUGUUAAGAAGUCGCCUAAAGUGAGGGGUUAUUCAUGGCACUGUGCAAAUUGUGACCCAACUGAAAGUGAAUAGUUUAUACAUUUUAAUUUUUAUUAAAAUACGCAGUACUUCGUAAAGGAAGCUAUAUUUUGUAUUUCUUUUUUUUUUUUAUAAAAUAGUCUUACUUAAAAAAUAUAGUUUUUUCUUUUUUUUCGUACUUUACAAAAUAUUUUAUUAUCUGAACUAUUGUAUUGUAUAUUGAUGUGAUUAAGAAAUGCCAUGUUAAUGUAUUUAUGCUGAAGAGUGUAAUUAUGCUGGCAAAACCAGUGGUAUUAUUUAAUGACAAAUAUGUUAUUAUUAAAUAUAUUUUAAUAAUAAUUCUUUUUUAAAUUAA